AUGGCUUUCUCGCUGACUUCUAAGCAAGUCGAGCUUCGCGGCUCCUGGCUGGCCGCCAUCUUGCAGAAGGAUGACGGCUCAUGGACCUUCUCUAAGCUCAACCUCAACGAACACGUCGGCAACAACGACGGCUCCUUCGACGUCACCAUAGAUAAAUGGUACAACAGUGCGGAGCAUUGGUCGUGCCAUCUUCAAGGCCCCUUCCUCCGUGCGCAAUUGAAGACGAGGGAGGGCGCAUGGGCACCUGAGACGUCCGUCAACCUAGACCUGUUCAUCAGGAAUAAGGACGGCAGUCUCGAGUUCCAGAAGCUGAACGACUCGUUAUUAUUCUACACCGCCAGCUUACAACUCGAAUAUGCCAUCCUGCGAGGCCUGGUCGUUGGCCCCGAUGGGAAGCUCUACCUGUCGGAGCUCAACCUCGACGAGAACAUCGGCAACAUAAACGGCAAGUUUGAGGCCGGCGAGAGACACUACUCCCGGUCCGGUCGAGAUUUCAAGCUCGAGCAGGGCCUGGAUAGCGUCAAGCUCAGCGCCGAGCUCGCGGACUACGCGGGCGCGCACCAUCCGGCCGAGAUAGAUCUCGCUGAAAUCGUCGUAAACCGGAAUGGAAAGCUAUCCUUCCUCAGACCGUACGUUUACUCUCCCACAAUACUAGCCAUGAAAAUGCCUCCAUUGCAAAUACCCACCUUGAAAUCAUGUGCCUCCACCGUCUUAUCAUACGCCAUCAGGAAAUACACGACUUGGAAUGAGCCCGGGUUAACCGUUUCUUCUAGUGAGGAGAACUCCAGCAAAGACAACUGGGCGGCCGCCAUCGCCGAACAGAUUCCCCUCGUAGGCUCCGCUAUCGCCGGUCUGCACCGCGUGACGGAUGAGAAAGAGAGCGAGCGUCUCUACCGAAACAUCGCAGCCUCCACAAACUCCGCCACCGUCACGAUCGGCACCGUCCUCGGCGCCUUCAUCGGCCGCGCCAUCCGCGGUCCCGUCAUCGGCAUGGUUCUCGGAGCCGGCCUAAGCACGACCCCCGGCGUUUUCCUCGAGGAGCGGAUCGCGGCCUCGAUCGAAGACGCCGAGGUCCGGAGCCAGAUCCAACAGGCGACGCUAGGCCGCUACAUCUUCGAGACCCUGCGGGAAAUGAUCGCCGCGGACCAGACGGUCGCCGCCGCGCAACUGCUCGACGCCGCCCUCAGCCCCGAGAUCGACAACUGGAAGAAGAACUUCGUCUUCUGGCUCGAGAAGCAAGAGAUCACGCUCCUGGGCGAUUUCUCGCUACACGCGACGCUGAAGAGGGUAUUCGCCCGAUUACGCAACGAACACGUCGUAGAAUGGGACCUGGCGCUAGACCAGCUCGCCGCCAUCACGGCGCGCACGUCGGCCCUCAAGCUCGAGCCGGAGCCGGAGCCGGAACCGGAAGCCGUGCCGUCCAUCCUCGUGGAGGCGCCCGCCGCGGACCAAUUCCAGGCCGUAGAAGCAGCCCAGCAAGCUCAGGUGACGGACGAGUCCAAGGCCGCAACAGAUCCAGCAGCGCAGACCACUAACGAGUCUGAGGCCUUAGACUCUACCGCCGCCAACGCCGCCGGAAAACCUACCUCCUCAGGAGCAGACGAGCCCCCCCAGUCCCCGACCGCAACGGCCGUCGAGCCCAACGAGAACUCCGGAAGCUCCACGCGCGCCAGCUCCCUCAAACCCUCAGCGGCGACCGCGGGCCACCACGAUGCCGGGAACGGCGGCAACGGCGGUGCCAACGGGGCGGCCGGCAACGGCAACAACGGGAACAAGUCGACGACCAGCGUUUCCCGAACGGGCUCUUCGCGCAAGGGCUGGCACAACGUGCUCGGCAUCACGAUGUUUCGGAGCUGGUCCCGCCACCGACAGCCCAAGGCCGUGGCAGUAUAG